CGUCAAACCAACGGAGUGGAGCUAUUAGGCAGUAGAGUCAGCACCUUGGACAGCACCAGCAAACUACGCUAUCAUAGCCCAUCUGAGAACAGCCAAACUACAUGUGUAAAACAAUGUCACAGCGGACCGGUCCCCAGCUGUUGCUUCUAAUAGCCCUGUGCAGUGUGUUAUAUUCCCGCACCUUGAGUCUCCCAUACGCGUCUAUGAGACCGACGAGACACGCGGACGGUUUGUUCACCAGUGGAUACAGUAAACUUCUGGGACAGCUGUCAGCGCGGAGAUAUCUGGAAUCUCUCAUCGGGAAGAGGGUCAGUGAUGAGCUUUUGGAGGAGCCAGUGAAGCGCCACACAGACGCUAUCUUCACAGACAACUAUAGUCGCUUUCGCAAACAGAUGGCCGUCAAGAAAUACUUGAACUCAGUCUUAACUGGCAAGAGGAGCCUAGAAGACCCAGUGAGCAGUGACUCCGAUGAAUCCAGGGGUGAACCCACAGCCUUCCAGGAAAGUUAUGAUGACCUUAACGUAGACCACUUCAUCAACAACUUUCAGUUGCCACUUUGAGAAGGAGUCCAUGUGAAUACCUCAAGUCAUCCUCAUGAAUCUUUAUCAUAGCAAAGGCAACGAAACCCUGGGGGAC